CGAGACUGUGGCAGGAGAUCUGAGCCGACUUCUCUGGAGGGAAUGCGGCUCCCCCCGAGUCGCUCGUUGUCUCUUUGCAAGGAUUGCUCAGAUGCUGAUUAAAACAGUGAGUAAACAAAAGGCGCUGCGCUUAUGUUGGAGCGGUAGACAAAGGACUCCGGAUCCCUGAGGGCAUCGAGGGAUCUGUUUUGAAAGGAGCGGGUUUUGAAACCCUUCAGUCUGUUCCCUGGAUCGGAGUGGCUUUGAUUGAUUGGUCCGUUCGCUUAUUCAUUGUCACUAUCAGAAAAUCUGAGGAACAGCAUCCAUAACCAUCUGUGUAUGUGUGUCAAAAUCUGCAAGAUGGACAUUAUUCAAAAUGGGAAAAAGGAAGAAAGAGCCAAAAAAGAAAUCCAUUAACCUGGGCAGUGAAGCUGAUCAGUGGAUGUCUGAUUUACCAGAAAGUCUUUGGGCUGUACCUCUCUCUAAUUUGUCAUUACCAGGUAGUCAUGAUGCAAUGACAUAUUGUCUGGAUAAGGAGUCAGAAGUCAGUGCAAAUGGAUCCAAAUUGCUGCAGUUACUGGAUAAACAUAUGCAUUGCAUAGUACACCCUAUUAUUUUGAGAUGGUCAAUAACACAGGAUCUGACUGUGUUGGAACAAUUGGAUGCUGGAAUUAGGUAUUUCGAUUUUAGAAUAGCUCACAAAUCCGACGAUCCUUCCAUGAAAUUAUACUUUGUUCAUAUGUUAUAUACAACAGUGGAAGUAGAGGUUGUUCUAUGGGACAUUUUACGAUGGUUGAAAAACCAUCCUUGGGAAGUAGUUGUUCUAGCUUUCAGAAAUUUUGAUGGCUUGGAUGAGAAUCAUCAUAAUCAUUUGGUGUCUUGUAUAAAGAAGAUCUUCAGUUCCAGACUGUGUCCUAGAAAUAUUGUCCCAACCCUAUGGAAUAUGUGGUCCAGUGGCUACCAGGUUAUUUUGUCUUAUGACAAAAUAGAGCAAUUGAUAAAACAUAGUGAAUUGUGGCCUGCAAUUCCAUACUGGUGGGGAAAUAAGGAUACAGCACGAAAGCUUAUUGAGUUUUUGGCAAAAAGGAAGCAAAGUGGUCGCCCAGAUGGAUUAUUUGUCGCAGGAAUCAAUCUUACUGCAGAUUUAGGAUAUAUUUUGACAAAUAUAAAAAGUUCUGUGAAAAAAAUGACUCAGAAGGCUCUUCCAUUCCUAAAUAUGUGGAUAAAGAAACAGCAACCUGGAUCAAAAAAGGACUGCAUUAACAUAAUUGCUGGAGACUUCAUAGAAAAUAAUAAUUUUGUGGAGAAUGUGAUAAACCUUAAUAGAAAACUGAUUUUACAAUAACUCUGCUAUUAUAUUUUGAUCAUGUUUUAAAAGGAGAUGAUGGGACUAACUGCAAGGAUAAAAUAGGAUAUAAUACAGCAAA